AGAGAUUUUUAAAAAGUUACAGUUAUACAAAAUUCGAUCUUAAAAUUAUAUGAAAAAUAAUUCCGAAAAAAAUUUUCACCGGGGUAAAAGUAUUAAGAUUGAGCAAUAUACCUAGACACAAUCAGCAAUAUCAUACUUUGAGCUCGGCUUGGGACAUGGCUAAGACUAAAACGAUUAGUAAGGGUUGCCCGAAAUGCGAGCAGCAGGUUCCUGUUGCCUGCAAAGCAUGUCCCUGUGGACAUUCUUUUUUUAAUGCACGACGUAACUCUAUCAAAAGUCCACCUAGUCCUGACAGUGGAGUGAUGAAGACGAGAAGGACGAAUCGCAUUAAACGUGAGAAACCAAAUUAUUAUGAUGCUUUGGAAUAUGACAAACAGAUGAAAAAAAGUGCCAAGAUUAGACGGACCACAGAUAAUGCAAAUGAUAUUGAUUGUCGACAAUUGAAUAAGAAGAAAAAACGGAAAGGAAAGGCAAAAGGCAAAACUGGUAGUAACAAUGGUAUGGGUGAUGAUGACGACGAAAUGGAUGGGAUCAAUGGACUAUCUCCAGAGAAGCAGCUCACCUGUUCCCUCAUAUUGCAAGAACUAAACAACAAAAUGAGAGUGGUGGCUUGGAAGCCUACGUGAAAUCUGCAGUAAAUAUAGAUAUACGUAUCUCUUUUUUGAUGAUCUCAGUGACCAUUAGUCGGAUGUGACUGAAUGUGAUUGAAUGUGAAGUGUAAAUGAAACAGUUGUACAGUAUGAUGCAUCGAUCCUUUAUGGUAUCGAAAAUUGAAGUUACCGUGUUGAAAUUUACAUCGACUCUUUAGUCUCUACACAAUUAACUGCCAUGAAAGUCUCCGUAUUGUAUAUGUAACUUUACAUAGCACUCUUAUAUAUGGAUUAUUUUUUCAUUGUGAUUGAGAGUUGUGAUGUUAUUUCGAAGCUUCUGCAUAUGGAACAUGUAAAUUUCCAAUUUUAGAUUACGGCGUACUAUUCGUAGCGCUAAAAAUAUAAUUAUCUAAUUAUCUCAAAAUUAUUCUUAGGAUUCUGACAGGAGGAGAGGUCAUAAUAUCGGAUAAUAUUUUCAGACUUAUAAUCGGACUGCCAUAUAUAGCACUUUAAAUGCAAAUGCAGACUUUACACUUUAACAAAUAAACUCUCCCGAGAUUAUUCACAGCAAUUAUAUAUAUAUAUAUAUAUAUAUAUAUAUAUUUAUGUAUCUUUGAAGAUUAAAACAAGAAAUACGUAAAAGUCACAACUCAAAGUGUAAAUACUUAGAUUUAAAAAUUUAUAUAUAUUGUAAAAAACUACAUUAUAGAUUAUUUAUAAUCGUUUUUUAAAUGUCAUGCAUACUCAUUCAAAAUAUCAAUUUACUUUUCUAUGUAAUAGUGUCACCCUUUCAUUUAUAGGUAUAUAUAAACGAUGUUCCCAUAUUAAGAACAUUGAAUUAAUAAGAGCUUUUGUAUAUAACAAUAUAUAAAAUGUAAAUAAUAAAGAUAGGACACUUCUUGAA